AUGGAUCCCUAUCCAAAUCGGAGAGUCCUGAGCACUAAGCUCCUUAACUUCUCACUCGUGUUCUUCAUUGCUCUUGUGUUUCUGACUUCGUUCGCCACAGCCGAUGUUCAGCCUGAGGCAUACAGCAAGCCACCUGUUAAAAAGCGACCACCAUACAAGCCGCCGACCACCCUAGAGAACAAGCCUCAAACCGGGGCAGAUGACCUUCCACAGGGAUACCACAAGCCCCCACCAAAGUACAAGCCACCACCAAAAUAUAAACCACCAAGCAUGCUAGAUAAUGAGCCUGAAACUCAAGUGGACGACGUUCCUCAGGGACUCUACAAGCCGGCCCCAAAAUAUAAGCCGCCACCAAAGUACAAGCCCCCGCCGAAAUACAAGCCACCAAGCACGCUGGAGAAUGAGCCUGAAACUAAAGCGGAUGAGGUUCCACAGGGAUACCGCAAGCCACCACCAAAAUAUAAGCCACCACCCAAAUACAAGCCACCCACUGGCAAUUAG